GGAGUUUCGUUGCCCUGAUGGUUAUGGUCUUUGGCCGAUUCCUGGGGUUGAGUUGGGACUUGACGACCUGAAGUGAAGAGUCAAGAGGGCUCAACAACCUAAAGGUCCUCGCCUUGCCUUGGGGACAGGGACGGGGAGCUGCCCGUUGAUGGUCUCGCCUCAAACCACCUGCAGGCACGCAAGGAAAAGUUCAGACACCACACCAUGCCCUGAUGGCCCUGGUCGAUAUGGCUCUCUGGGGCUUAGCUGGAUGGAUCCUCAGGGGGAGAGUACGAUCCGAAAGACCCAACCUAACUGAAGCAGGCGAAGGACAAGGAACGGGACUGGAGUCCCGUCGGGCACGAGGACGGCUGGGACGGAGACGGGAUGGUCGACAGCGACAGCAACAGCGCGACACUUUGCGACUGACAGGGCAGGGCGACGACAGGGUUGGUUUUGGACACAGGGCAACGGACAGCGGUUAUGACAGGGCGAGAGCGUCUGGUGGAUCCUCCCGGCGGUUAUGUACCCAGGUCGUCGACUACCUAGGUUGGGGGUGGAAGGAUUCCCUCUUUGGGUUGGGCGGGAUGAGUGGAAGUAGUGUAUGUAAAAUAAAGCAAGUGGUGAUGAUGUUUGUCUUGGUUGUCUCCCUCAGAUCAUCAUCUCUGCUCACAGCAACCUGCAAGUUGCCAUCAUGUGGAUGAGACGGAUAUCGGGUUUUCAUGUACUUGGACAAUCCAUCCCACCGAACUGGAAAGACUGAGUGAGAGCCGAUGAGAGCGCAACAUGAGAGAGCUAGGUGACGGACGGGAGGGAGCUGGUGUGUCUCGUCGCACCCUGGACGGCCUGGCGCCUCUGCCUUGCUGCCG